ACGGGCCGGUGUAUGUAGGACAGCCGUGAGACACAACCGAACCGGAGGGGGCGCGAGACCGAGAAUCACUGCACGCUCACGGUCACAGUCAUUCACGGACAGAACGGACCCGGUUCAUGAUUUCAUUGUGAGAGUUAUGCCAGCCGCACAGAUGGAUGUAUGAUCGACAGAUCGGGGUUGCGGACACGGUCUCCCCGGUGUUUUCACGAUGGACUGGACCGCCGGAGCGGACGACACGAACUGGGCUGAAAAUGAGCGAGAUUUUGUUGUGGACGAAGAAGGCAAUGUGUGCAGAGCAGCGGGUCAUGUGACAGAUUAUGUGAAUGAAGAUGCUGAUAAAGUUCCUCUUCAAACUCACACACUGAGACAGUUUGAACAGCACCUGAACGACCUGAAGAAGGAGAACUUCAGUCUGAAGCUGCGCAUCUACUUCCUGGAGGAGAGGAUCCAGCAGAAGUUUGAGGAGAGCAGCGAUGACGUCUACAGAACGAACAUCGAGUUGAAAGUGGAGCUCGAGAGUCUAAAACAACAACUGCUCGAGAAAACACUGUCGACAGCGGAGAGUCAGACCAAUCACAAUGAGGCGGAGCUGCAAGAGAUUCAGCAGGUGCUUCAGACCAACACACAAUCACUCCAGGAGCAGUGUCCGUUCGAUCACAUGAGCAGCCUGAAUGAGCAUCCCUCCGUCACCAUGGAGACGCUCCCUGAGGAGACAUCAGGAAACAUGAGCUUAGAGCCUGAAGAAGAGAGAGACAGACAGAGGAUCGAAGAGUUAACCGCCGCUGUGUGUUGUAAAGAGCGAGUGAUUCUUGAGCUGAUGGAGGAGAAGAGUCAGCUGACACAGAGAGUGAGACACAUGGAGGAGCAACUACAACAACUGUCUGUCUCACUGAUGCACAAAGAAACAGAUGCACAGUUUUAUCAAGAUGAGUUGAGUCGCGAGAGACUAAGAGUGCAACAAGAGAUGCAGGUAAGAGAGACAGUGUCAAUAACACUUAUUUAUAGAGCACAAUUAAAACAACAUCUGUUGACCAAUGUGUAUAAGUGUGUGUGUUUGUGUGCGUGUGUAUAAGUGUGUGUGAGUGUGUGUGCGUGUGUAUAAGUGUGUGUGUGUAUGUAUGAGUGUGUGUGAGAGAGUGUGUGUGUGUGUGUGUGUGUGUGUGUGUGUAUGUAUUGGUGGGGAGCGGUAGUGUAGUGAACCUGGCGACCUGAGUUCGAUUCCCGCUCAUAGCCAACACCAGUGACGAAUAUCUGAACCGGUCCCGGGCCUCCCCUAGGUCGACUCAGCCUAAAAUGAGUACCUGGUGCGGUGUGUAAACAUUGCCACUGGGGAGACAAAAGGCGGUCGGGCGUGGUGCUGGCCACCCACCCCCUCGUGUACCGUUCCGGCCUUCAUAGGUGCUCGCUAACAGCACUUGCCCCUACAGUCUGUUAAGGCUAAAUGGGGGAUCUUUGUCUUUGUGUGUGUGUGUGUGUGUGUGUGUGUGUGUGUGUGUGUGUGUGUGUGUGUGUGUGUGUGUGUGUGAGUGUGAGCGUGUAUUUAUCACUUUGUGCGGACCAAAUGUCCCCAUAAUGAUUGUAAAACCCAACAUUUUUUACCUUGUGGGGACAUUUUGUCGGUCCUCAUAAGGAAAACAGCUUAUAAAUCAUACUAAAUUAUGUUUUUAAAAUGUUUUAAAUUCAUAAAGUUUUCUGUGAGGGUUAGGUUUAGGGGUAGGGUUAGGUUUAGGGGAUAGAAUAUAAAGUUUGUACAGUAUAAAAACCAUUAUAUCUAUGGAAAGUCCCCAUAAAACAUGGAAACACAACACGAGUGUGUGUGUGUGUGAGAUGUACAGUGUCAGUGCGCCCUCUGCUGGACACGAGAGAGAGAGAGAGAGAGAGAGAGAGAGAGAGAGAGAGAGAGAGAGAGAGAGAGAGAGAGAGAGAGAGAGAGAGAGAUUCCUAAUGUGAAUAUUCAUAUUAGGAAAUAACCAAAUAACACACUCAUCACACUGCAAUUAUCUAGAGCUAAUAAUCACUUCCACUGGAAACUUCAACUCUGCAGUGAAUGAACUGAGAGAUAAAGCUCACAGGCACUUCUGUGCCAUAAAAUGACAAUAUCCUAUAGAGAUACUUGUCAGAAUUUGGUUAAAAAUGUUAGAAUCAGCGAUUGAGCUGAUUGCCCUGUAUGGCAGUGACGUGUGGGGUCCACUGUUAAUCCAAUUCAAGAAUUCAUCAAAUGCAGAAUACCUGCACACAACAAAUAACACAAGCAAGGCAGAAUUAGGCAAAUAUACACUAAUUACACAAUACAAAAAUGGACAAUCAAAUUCUGGAAACAUGUAAAACUCAGUGACUCCCUCUUAUAAAGUCCUGCAUUACCAAGAGCUGAACAAAGAAACCAAUCUUUUGUCUCAGCUGGUCUGGAGCUUCACCAACAUCUACUAACCCUCAUCACACUGGAGACCUGGACCAAAACAAUACUGCUAAACUAAUUAGAUACAGACAAAUUACAGCACAAAUGAAGCAUAAUUAUAUCACUUAUUGGGAAACUCAAACACAACAACAGAGCAAAAUGCAAUGCUGUCUGGCCCUAAAAAGGGAUUACACCAUGGCACAGUGACAGACAAAAAACUGAGAGCUUGACAAGGUACAGACUCAGUGAACACACCCUCACUAUAGAAACGGGCAGACACAGGAAGAAAGGUUGUGUCCACACUGUAAUUCACAGCACAUUGGAUCUUUUAACAAACACUGAAAAAACUGCCCUUCUUCUUAGGAGAACACAAGAACUGCUGUGUGAUAGCAGCACAAUAUGUGUGUGAGAGACAGUGAGACUGUCUCCAUCAUAUUUUACUGUGGCUCUUCCUUAUAGUUCCUUAUCUGUCACUCACUCGAUGUUGUGUCGAUGAAGUGACACUAGGGGUCACUCUUGGGAGCCUGAGACACCUCUGAUCUUUGAUAAAAGGCCAAUGGGAAUUGGCGAGUGGUAUUUGCAUCCCACUCCUCCCAGCAUCCGGGUAUAAAGGAGCUUGCGUGUGAGCCGCUCAUUCAGAUUUUUUUUCUUCGGAGUCGAGCGGUCGAUGUUCACUGAGCUGAAUUUCCCACGACUUCCCAUUCACCUCUGCUGGAUUCCUGAUGGUGCAUUACAGUGGCUUUCUCCCCCCUCUGCACUGGUUCCCUUGCAUCUUCACGAAGGUCGCAGAGGCAGCCCUUGCCCUGUUAAGGGAAGUGGGCAAUCGCAUCCUCAACUAUCUCGACGACUGGCUAAUUAGCUCACUCUCGAGAUCAUGCACCUCAGCCUGCUAGUGCUUCAGGCCAUCUGGGAAAAGAGCAAGCUCCUCCCGGUUCAGAGCGUCUCUUUUCUCGACUUGGAGUUGCACGAACGAGCGUGCACAGUCGAUGCUGACCUGUUUGAAGGAGUUCAGACUGAAAACAGCUGUUCCACUGAAACUGUUUCAGAGGCUCCUGGGGCAUAUGGCAUCCUCAUCGGUGGCCACACCACUCGGGUUGAUGCAUAUGAGACCGCUUCAGCACUGGCUCCAGACUCGAGUCCCGAGAUGGGCAUGGUGCCGCGGCACUCACCGCGUGGCCAUCACGCCGGUGUGUCACCGCCCCUUCAGCCCUUGGACCGAACUCACAUUUCUAUGGGCAGGUGUUCCCCUAGAGCAGGUCUCCAGGCGCGUCGUGGUUACGACGGACACCUCCAAGACGGGCUGAGGCACUGUAUGCAACGGGCGCGCAGCUGCCAGCUCCUGGAUGGGCCCGUGGCUAUGUUGGCACAUCAACUGCCUUGAGUUGUUGGCAAUACUGCUCAAGGUUCCGGCCCUUGAUCCAGGGCAAGCAUGUGUUGGCACGGACAGACAACACGACAACGGUAGCCUACAUCAACCGUCAAGGUGGUUUACACUCCAGUUGUAUGUCACAAGUUAAGGCACUCUCUUUAAAGACUGCCCUCCUGACUGCACUCACUUCCAUCAAGACGGUAGGUGACCUGCAAGCAUUCUCUAUCAGCGAAGCGUGCCUGGAGUUCGGUCCGGGCUACUCUCAUGUGCUCAAGGUUCCCACAACCCCAUUCAGGGAUCAGGAGGUGAACCUGCAAGCGCUGCCCCAGGAGGAGGCAGACACAGCCUUGACGUUGCUGUGUCUGGUGCACGCUUUAAGCAUCUAUUUGGAUCGCAUGCAGAGCUUCAGAGUCUCUGAGGUGCUCUUUAUCUGUUUUGGUGGAUAGCAGAAAGGAAGCGCUGUCUCCAAGCAGAGGAUCACCCACUGGAUCAUUGACGCCAUAGCUAUGGCAUACUACGCCCAGCACGUGCCGCCUCCCGCAGGGCUAUGAGCCUAUUCUACCAGGAGUAUGGCGGCCUCCUGGGCCCUGACCAGUGGCGCUUCUCUAACAGACAUUUGCAGAGCAGCGUGCUGGGCAACACCCAACAACUUUGCGAGGAUCUACAAUCUCCUGGUUGAGCCGGAUUCAUCCUGUUUCUUGGGAGGAACGAACAGAUAAGUCCGGGACAGUCGGUCGUGUGCACAAGAGCUGAAGACUUGUGCUGUUGACUCCCAGUAGUGUUCACAAAAUGUGUUCCCUGGAUGACUUCCUCCUAGCCCUCUGCUCCAGUCACCAUGUUUGUAGAAACUCCUCCCCCAAUGGGUAGGACCUACCAUGGGACUUCUCCACAUGAUAUACUUCCGACAAUGCUCAACAAGACCAUGUGACAUAUUUCCACCUGGUUACUUCUGUAACCUCCGUACCCUGAUGGAGGGAACGAGACAUUGUGUCCCUCUUGCCACAACGCUGGACUACCUGCUGAAAUGGCCGGGACCUUCUCUCUCAGUUCCUCAGCACAAAACCCGAAUGAGCGGUUUGCACGCCAGCUCCUUUAUACCCGUAUGUUCGGGGGAGUGGCAUGCAUAUACCACUCGCCAAUUCCCAUUGGCCUUUUAUCAAAGAUAAGAGUCUCUUUCCCUCCAUCAGGGUUGACUCAGCCUAAAAUGAGUACCUGGUGCGGUGUGUAAAACAUCGCCACUGGGGAGACAAAGGCGGUCGGGUGUGGUGCUGGUCACCCACCCCCUCGUGUACCGUUCCGGCCUUCAUAGCUGCUCGCUAACAGCACUUGCCCCUACAGUCUGUUAAGGCUAAAUGGGGGAUCUGUGUGUGUGUGUGUGUGUGCAUUUGAAAUGAUAAAUGAUUGUGAUGUGAUAUGCAAACACAGGAUGUGACAGGAAGAACUUUUCUCAUUGCUGUCAUUACACACACACACACACACAGUUAUUGUAUAGAGACGCAGUAGAAACUCGAGUUAUAUAAUGCCUAUUUUCUGUUAUUAUCAGUUGCCAUACGAGUCUGUUCAUAACAUCCAGGUU